CUAAAAAGAGAGGCAGCCACAGAGGGAGAAAUACAAGUUUUCAAGAUCAUCCGAAGAAAUUGAAGUAACCUUGUGGUCAUUAUUCAUGGCUACAGGCUCAGUGAUCAAGUACGCAAUUAUCUUGGUUUGCUUUGCAUCCUUGUGGACUUGUCAUGAUGCAGCAGACACACUGAAACCAGGGGACACUCUCAACUCCACAAGUUCCCUACUUUCGGCAUCUGGCACUUUCACUUUGAAUUUCAUUGAAAAGGCUAUCCGUGGUUCCGAUAACAGCUUCAUUGCUAUCCUCCGUGUUAAAAGCGGUGCAAACAAAGCAUGGAUUGCCAACCGAGACACACCUAUUUUAUCCUCUUCAUCUCCACUUCUCACCUUGGACUCCAAUAACACAUUGAAAAUUACUCAUCAAAAUGGAGACCCUUUCGUUCUUUUCUCCGCUCCCCAAACUAAUGACCCCAAUACUAGUGUCGUGGCCACCCUUUUGGAUUCCGGCAAUUUUGUCCUACAAGAGGUCAAUUCUGUCAGCGGAUCAACGAUCCGUGUUUUCUGGCAAAGUUUUGAUUAUCCAGUAGACACAUUCUUACCAGGCAUGAAAUUGGGCGUUGACCAUAGAAAUGGGUACAAUUGGUCACUUUUAUCAUGGGGAACUCGUGACAACCCUGUGUCGUCAGGGCCUUACAGCCUUGAAUGGGACACCGAUGCACACCAACUGAAGAUCAAGCGAAGCGGGACUGUUUAUUGGACUAGUGGCGUGUAUGCAGAUGGCAGAUUCCAAUUUAUUUUGCCUGAUGUAUCCAAAAAAAGGUACAAUUUUAGCAUUGUUUCGAAUCAAGACGAAGACUACCUCACGUACACGAGUCUAGAUGAUCCUACUGAUCCUGAGCCAGAAUGGGUGCUAUACACCAGGGGGGCACUUUAUGAAUAUGGUGCAUCAGUUGACAUCAUACAAGCACAAAACUGUGACGGCUAUAACAUAGUCGGAGGGUGCGUGAGAAGGGACCGGCCAAGUGAUUGUACUGGGAAGUUGGUGAUGAUUUUUAUCAGAAAAAGGGUUACUUCAAUAUCGUUAACUCUAGCGCUUCGAGACCCCCCAACUGGCCUGGUACUGGUAGUGAGGAUUGUAAGGUUACUUGUUGGCAAAGUUGUGACUGCCUUGGAUUCGACUUUCCAUCCGGUAGUCCGACUACUGGUGCAGGAUGCCGAUUUUGGAGCGUGGACUGUGAAUUCAUUGAAGACUUCACUGCAAAUACUACUUUUGUUUUGCCAGCAACGCAACCACCCCCACCAGAUUCACCACCUCCGGGAAAGAUUCGUAAGUCUAGCUAUGUACUAAUCUUACUAUAUAUUGAA